GACCAAUAAGAAAUUUGCAUAAGAAACGUCAAACGUAAGAGGGGAUUUUAAAAAGUGCAACGGAAUUCCAGUCAACCGCCAUUUUUCAAAGCGUCGUUGACGUGUUACUGAAAGUAGAUUUUGCUGUUACUUCUUGAAUUUAUUCAUUUAAGACAUCAAGUAUUUUAAUUUUUGUUAAGUAGUGUUUCGUGUCGUUGUUUUUAUUUAUUUUUGACCAUAAUGUCUAUAGACGCCACAUCAGUAAAAGUGGCCGUUAGAAUCCGACCCCUUGCAGACUAUGAGAUCAGCAAGGGUUGCAAAACGAUAAUUGAUGUUAUUCCUGAAAAUGAACAAAUCAUCGUUAAUAACACAAAACCUUUCACUUUUAAUUAUGUAUUCGAUGCACAGUCAACACAAGAAGAGUUUUAUAAUUGCUGCGUGAAAGACACCAUAGAAAACUUAUUUCAGGGUUAUAACAUGACUAUUUUAGCUUAUGGACAAACUGGAUCAGGUAAAACGUACUCUAUGGGGACAGCUUAUAAAGGGGAGGGGGACACAGGGGUGAUUCCCCGAGCCAUAAGUGAUAUAUUUAAUCAUAUACAGGACAAUUUUGCCAUUGAUUUCACUGUACAAGUAUCGUUUAUCGAGUUAUAUCAGGAAGUAUUAUAUGAUUUGUUGUCUGGGAAGCCAAGGGAUCAAUGUGUGUUGGACAUAAGGGAAGAUACCCAGAAAGGGAUCCAUAUUCCCAAUAUGACUGAAAUACAAGUAACGAGUGCCAAUGAAGUUUUGGAAAUUUUAUCAAGAGGUUCUGCAGGCAGGGCCACUGCUUCCACCAAUAUGAAUUCUCAAAGUUCAAGAAGUCAUGCAAUAUUAACUGUUACCAUAACAAUGCAGAGCAAAGAUGAUCCGGCCAAUAUUAAGACAGCAAAGUUGCAUUUGGUCGAUUUAGCAGGUUCUGAGCGACCAAAAAAGACUGGUGCUGUCGGUAACACGUUUAAGGAAGGCGUAAAUAUAAAUAAGGGACUUAUGGUGCUUGGAAACGUAAUCAGUUGUUUGGGGGACGAGAAGAAUAAAAGCACCUUUGUGCCAUACAGAGAUAGCAAUUUAACUCGUCUUCUUAAAGAUUCCUUGGGUGGUAACAGUAUAACCCUUAUGAUUGCCUGUGUGAGUCCGGCAGACUACAACCACGAUGAAACCCUGUCGACCUUGCGAUACGCAGACAGAGCGAAAAAAAUAAAAAAUAAGCCGGUGGUGAAUCAGGACUCGAAGGUCGCGGAAAUCAACGAUCUCAAGAAAACCAUUCAGAAUCUUCGUCUGCAAAUUGUGGCGCAAGGCGGUCCAGUUAUAUGCCCGGCGGAAAUAGAGCUGCUAAAGAGGAAAAAUAUGGAAUUGGAGCACAAGAUCAAAGAGCUUAAUUUGCAGUUGUCGGCCAGUUUGGUGGACAAGACGGGGGUUUUGGAGAAAAACUUGAUCCUGCAGGCGGCUGUGGAGAAGUUAAGUGCAAAACACAAGGAAUUGGGGGUUGAUUUUGACCUUACAGUUUUAAACAUCACCGAUGCCUUGGAAAACAACGACGCUGAACUCAUCAAAAAGAACGUCGAAAAAUUAAAUGCCAUUCAAAAUCGGUUCAUGGAGAUUGAUCAGGAUCAUAAAUUGCUCGACAGUGAAAUUAAGAACCACGACCAGACGUUCGUGAAGCAGCUGUUCAGCUCUUCGAACGAGAACCUGAACGAGAGCGGCACCGAGCACCAGAACGCGCACACGCACAAGCAGCUGGCCCUGAACACGGAGCUGCAGGAGGUGAUGAAGCAGCUGGCCAUGAAGGAGACGCUGGCGGAGAAGCUGAUCUCGAACGCGCAGCACAUGGUCGACUACCAGUCGAUGCAGGAGAACGAGCUGAAGAUGGCCGCGCUGCAGAAGGAGAAGGACGAGCUGGUGCAGCUGCUGCAGCUGAAGAACAACGCGCACGGCAACUCCACGGCGGCCGACCAGCGCAGGAAGCGCAUCAAGGAUCUGGAAGGCCAGAUCGCGGACCUCAACCGGAAGGUGUCCGAUCAGGCGAGGCUGAUCAAGAUUCGCGACAAGGACGAGCAAAGGAUAAACAAACUGAACUCGGAGAUCACGGCCAUGAAGCAGGUGAAGGUGAAGCUGAUCAGGAACAUGAGGGAGGAGUCGGACAAGUUCAGAGCGUGGAAGCAAGUGAGGGAGCGGGAGUUGGCCAAGCUAAAGCACGAAGACAGAAAGAAGGCGAACGAGAUCGUAAAAAUGAAGUUGAUGAACAGCAAGCAACAGAACGUUUUGAAGCGUAAAGUUGAGGAGGCCACCGCGCUCAACAAGAGGUUGCAGCAGUCCUUGCAGGUGCGCAAGCAGGCGCAGGAGUCGAAAACCAAAGGCGGCAAGAACGGAAACUGGCUGAAACAGGAGUUCGACGUGUUCAUGAACCUGACGGAGGCCAAGGUGGCCGUCGCAUGUCUGCUGGAGGACCGCGCGCAGCUGCAGGAGCAGCUGACGGGCCUGAAGGAGAACGAGGAGAAGGAGGAGGCGCGCUGCCUCGAGGAGGAGAUCGAGUGCCGGUCCGCGCAGAUCCAGGACUUCCAGCAGAGGAUCCUCGAGUCGGACGAGGAGGCCAAGGCCAAGGCGCGCUUCGACAACAUCCAGACGAUGGCCGAGGCCAAGGCGAUCGCCAAGUUCCUCUGGGAUCAGUCUGCGGACAUCAAGAGGCAGUCCGUCCAGAACCGGUUCAAGAUCACCGAAAUGCAAGAGGGCCUGCAUCAGGUUAGGGAACACAAAAAAAUGUACGAAGCGAACCUUAAAUCCUUAGACGAGAAAUACGGCAAUCAAAUGUCCGAGCUCGAAGAAUAUUAUGAGGAGAAGGUGGCCUAUUUACUCGGGCAACUCAGAGGUGUAAAAAGAGGAGAUGUCGAGGGAGAGGAUUCCGAUGCUGAAAAGCGCUGCGGCAUUUUGGAGGAGCAGAACGAAAAUUGGAGGGCAAGGUUUGAACAACUCGAAGAAGAAAUGAAAAGUCAGAAGCGGAAGAAUCUAGAGCUGCAAUCGGUGAUAGACAAAAUUAAGGAGACAGGAGACCGAACCUACCAAGCUAAUCUGCUCCCGAUGACUCCAAACCUUCUCGAGGUACCGCCGCGGAAUCUGGCAGUAAGAACAAUAAUUGAUGACGAACAGGAAAACUUCCUCAAUUCCUCCAUUGACGAUAUAAUGGAGGACGAUCCCAACGAUCCCGAUUGGCGAAAGACCCCGCUGGGAAAAAGGGUCGUCCAGGAAAAAAAGAGGCUAACAUCGUACAUACACAAAUUGAAUUUCGACGAAGAUUCAAGUGAAGAGCGCGCAAGCCUGAAAAGAUCGUCAGCGGGCGGAUGCACAUGCAAAACGAACUGCAACGCGAGAUGCGGCUGCAGGAGAAUGAACCGGUCCUGCGGAGACUCCUGCAAAUGCAACGCAGAAAUGUGCUCCAACAUCCCCUCCGACUCCGACAAGGCUGCCGUCGAAACCGCGGAAAACGAGAACUUUAAGAAACCCAAUGCGUUUGGAAAAAGAGCUGCGAGAACUGCUCGUAGACAUAUUAUAGGAUGAUGGUCGGCAAGAAGGCGCUUUAAUUUUAUUUCAUUAUUUCAUUGAUAGUUUUAAAUGUAUUUAUUAAUUAGUAUUUUUUAUAUUAGAAUUUAGAAUUUUUAGAACUUUAUAAUAAACUUGUUUUACUCUAU